UUUUGAAAGUUUAAAGCUUUAAAGAUCCCAAAAUUCUUCCCAGGAGGAAAUAAAAAAUAAAUAAAAAAGUAAAAGCCAAAGAAAAAGAAAGAUCAACAGGAGCCAGUCCACUCAUUAAAAGUUCAAAACAAAACCAUUCAUUUCUUUGACAAGUUUUUGUGUACUUUGAACUUUGAAUUGCUUUGUGUCCAAGCCAGCCAGUCAGCCAGCUUCGGUAUCUUUCAUGUCUUCUUCAUGUUCUUGUUGAAGGGUCAGUUAUUUUUAGUUCAAGUACCUGACAUGGGUUUAAGAGAAUUUCAAGUAAGGUAGUUUUUCUUUUGCUUUCAUUUGGGGUGAAAUUUGAGCACCAAAAUUGAAGCAUCAAUGGAAGAAAAGCCAGUCCCAGCAUGGUCAUGGCCGGUUGAGCAGUGUUUGAAAGAGUACCAUGUGAAACUAGACAAGGGCCUGAGCACUUAUGAGGCCGAGAAGCGGCGUGAAAGGUAUGGCUGGAAUGAGCUUUCCAAAGAGAAGGGCAAGCCUUUAUGGAGGCUUGUGUUAGAGCAAUUUGAUGACACGCUUGUAAAAAUACUUCUAGUUGCAGCCUUCAUAUCUUUUGUUCUAGCUUUCCUGGGUGGAGGUGAGUCAGGGGAGUCAGGGUUUGAAGCCUAUGUAGAACCAUUUGUGAUAGUAUUGAUUUUAAUCCUUAACGCCAUUGUUGGAGUUUGGCAAGAGAGCAAUGCUGAAAAAGCACUUGAAGCCCUUAAGCAGAUGCAGAGUGAAUCUGGAAAGGUUUUAAGAGAUGGCUAUCUGGUGCCAGAUUUGCCUGCAAGAGAACUUGUUCCUGGUGAUAUCGUCGAAUUGCGAGUGGGAGACAAAGUCCCGGCUGACAUGAGAGUUGCAGUUUUAAAGACUUCAACUUUGCGAGUGGAGCAGAGCUCAUUGACUGGUGAGGCAAUGCCUGUUCUGAAAAGCACUGGUCCUAUAUUUAUGGAUGAUUGUGACUUGCAGGCGAAAGAGAAUAUGGUUUUCUCAGGCACAACUGUUGUCAAUGGUAGCUGUCUUUGUGUUGUUGUCAGCACUGGGAUGAACACUGAGAUUGGCAAAAUACAAAAGCAAAUACAUGAGGCUUCUUUGGAAGAAGAUGACACCCCUUUGAAGAAGAAGCUGGAUGAAUUUGGCAGCAGGUUCACUACUGCUAUUGGGUUUGUUUGCCUUAUUGUUUGGGUUAUGAACUACAAAAAUUUCCUCUCUUGGGAUCUUGUUGAUGGAUGGCCAACGAAUGUUAGGUUUUCGUUUGAGAGAUGCACAUACUAUUUUAAGAUAGCUGUUGCACUUGCCGUGGCUGCAAUCCCAGAAGGUCUUCCUGCUGUUAUUACAACUUGCUUAGCUCUUGGUACAAGGAAAAUGGCACAAAAGAAUGCAAUUGUGAGGAAGCUUCCAAGUGUAGAAACCUUAGGAUGCACAACUGUGAUUUGUUCAGACAAAACUGGGACUUUGACAACAAACCAGAUGUCUGUGACAGAAUUCUUCACUUUGGGUGGAAAAACCACAGCUUCUCGAACAAUUCGUGUUGAAGGCACAACUUAUGAUCCCAAGGAUGGGGGAAUUGUUGAUUGGACUUGCUAUAAUAUGGAUGCUAACAUGCAAGCCAUUGCAGAAAUCUGUGCUAUUUGCAAUGAUGCUGGGAUUUAUUUUGAUGGCCAGCUCUUCAGGGCUACAGGUUUGCCAACUGAGGCAGCUCUUAAGGUUUUGGUUGAAAAGAUGGGAGUUCCAGACAUCAAGGCGAGAAACAAAAUUCGUGACACACAGCUUGCUGCAAGCUACUUAAUUGACACCACAACAGUGAAAUUAGGCUGUUGUGAGUGGUGGACAAAAAGAUCGAAAAGGGUUGCCACACUAGAAUUUGAUCGUGUUCGAAAGUCUAUGAGUGUUAUUGUCCGGGAGCCAACUGGGCGUAACCGACUUCUUGUCAAGGGUGCUGUUGAGAGUUUACUGGAGCGCACUUUGCAUGUACAACUUGCUGAUGGAUCCCUUGUUCCAAUAGACGAACCUUGUAAACAAUCAUUGCUCUUGAGACUCUUGGACAUGAGCUCAAAGGGAUUGCGGUGCUUGGGUUUUGCAUAUAAGGAGGAGUUGGGAGAGUUUUCAGAUUAUCAUUCUGAAAGCCAUCCUGCUCACAAGAAGUUGCUUGAUCCAGCCUGCUACUCCUCCAUUGAAAGUGACUUAGUUUUUGUAGGCAUUGUUGGGUUAAGAGACCCUCCUCGUGAUGAAGUUGGAAAAGCAAUUGAAGAUUGCAGAGAAGCUGGAAUUAGAGUUAUGGUAAUAACUGGAGAUAACAAGUCCACAGCUGAGGCUAUCUGUCAAGAAAUCAAGUUGUUCUCUAAAGAAGAGGAUCUGAAAGGGAGAAGUUUUACUGGAAAAGAGUUCAUGUUUCUACCCCAGCCACAACAAAUGGAAUUUUUAGCAAAACCAGGAGGGAAGGUUUUCUCUCGUGCGGAGCCUAGGCAUAAGCAAGAGAUAGUAAGGAUGCUGAAAGAGAUAGGGGAGAUUGUUGCAAUGACUGGAGAUGGAGUGAACGAUGCACCAGCACUUAAACUUGCUGACAUUGGGAUUGCCAUGGGCAUCACAGGAACUGAGGUUGCAAAAGAAGCUUCAGAUAUGAUUUUGGCAGAUGAUAAUUUCAGUACUAUUGUUUCAGCUGUUGCCGAAGGCCGUGCCAUUUACACUAACAUGAAAGCUUUUAUCAGGUACAUGAUUUCUUCAAAUGUUGGAGAGGUAAUAUCCAUAUUCUUGACCGCGGCAUUGGGAAUACCCGAAUGUAUGAUACCUGUGCAGCUUCUGUGGGUAAAUCUGGUCACCGACGGACCACCUGCAACAGCUCUUGGAUUUAACCCAGCUGACAUGCAUAUUAUGAAGAAACCGCCCCGCAAAAGUGACGAUGCUCUUAUGAGUCCUUGGGUUCUUUUCCGUUACCUGGUUAUUGGUUCUUAUGUGGGCAUUGCAACUGUUGGCAUUUUCAUCUUGUGGUAUACUCAGGCUUCCUUUAUGGGCAUCAAUCUUGUGAGUGAUGGACAUACACUUGUUGAACUAUCUCAGCUUCGAAAUUGGGGAGAGUGUCCGUCAUGGUCGAAUUUUACCGUGGCUCCGUUCACAGUUAGCGGAGGUCGGACUAUCAGUUUCUCUGACCCUUGUGACUAUUUCUCUGUUGGUAAAGUGAAGGCAAUGACUUUGUCACUCUCUGUCUUGGUGGCCAUUGAGAUGUUCAAUUCCCUCAAUGCUCUUUCUGAAGAUAUUAGCUUGGUCAAAAUGCCACCUUGGAGGAACCCUUGGCUCUUGGUUGCCAUGUCAGUCUCAUUUGGACUUCAUUGCCUCAUUCUCUACAUUCCCUUUUUAGCAGACGUGUUUGGCGUUGUUCCAUUGAGUCUGAAUGAAUGGCUCCUGGUAAUUUUGAUCUCGGUGCCGGUGAUACUUAUUGACGAGGUUCUUAAAUUAGUAGGAAGGAGGAGAAGUUGGAGAGCAAAGAAGGAGAAAACAGCAUGAUAAAAUCUCAGGUUAUUAUGAUCAGUAGGAAAGCAGAUUCAUUCUGGAUGUGACAGAGUAAAGAAACCAUGUAGUUAAUUAGAAUUUUCUGAUAACUUUUUUUAUCUGUUCACUUUCACUUUCAAUUUGUUUUGUUUUUUGUGUGAAAGUAAAGGCAUUAAACACAUUUGUUCAUUAAUUAAAAUAGAAAUGAAAAAUAUUUAAUCUCUGGGUUGUUAAA